AUGACUGAUUUUAGGAGCUUGGAAAGCAUGGAGGGUGAAGGGUCACUCUAUAAGGACAUAGAAGACCCUAUUGAUCUAGACACGGCAGACCUCUAUACAAGAUCCAAAGCAUCCAUUGUUGGGGGGAUUCUUUCAACAUCCCUCGUCUUCUGUGAGAAUAGCCUCAUUCGAAGAAGAUCAACAUCAUUUUCCUCAUUUGAUUCACUGCAGUACAGCCUACAGACAAAGUUUACUGCAACUUCUUUCAGCCUUGGAGAGGAACUCCUCUGUCAAGUGUGGAACUUCGUGCAGCAGGAUUGCUUACCCCUGAACUUGAAAGAAGAUGUGCUGUCUGAUCCCAUGAAUGCGUGGAAGAGAGCCAUGGCUUUACAUGUUUCUGUGCCCAGUUUUGUGGCGAGAGUGUUCAGGGAGAUCAUUCUUGAUGACCAUGUUGGAAACAGCCCUCCAAUGGAUCGCUGCAACCACGAGGAAGCUGACACUCGUGUCCUAGUGCAUCUUCUCCAUGCCCUCCAAACAGCAUCAGUUGGGAUGGUCUAUACUGGAGACACAGAUGUUGUAAUCCUGCUGGAUGCUUUGGAUCUACAUCUCAAAAGGAGUGUCUUCCAAGCAAGCAUGUGGACAACAGCCCACAUUUGUACACACCAGUUGGAGUGUGACAUUUGCCUUGGGAAUAUCCAAAAUGCUGCAAAACCAGACCCUGUUGACUUUCCUGAGCUCAGAGUGAUGUUGUUGGGUAAGAGUGGAUCAGGAAAGAGUGCAUCAGGAAACACCAUCCUGGGCAGAGAGGCAUUUCAAUCUGAAACAUCUGCUUUACCAGUGACCACAUGCUGUGAGAGUCAAAGUGGAGUUGUAGAAGGAAGAAGUAUCACUGUCAUUGACACACCAGGCAUCACAUUAAGGAAUGAUUCAUGGCUGUCAGAAAAGGCAAAGGUACAACCAGGACCUCACAUGUUCUUACUGGUGAUUCACCUGGGUCAAUCUACAGAUGAGAAUAGCAGUGAGGUGGAGUGGAUUAAAAUUAUCUUUGGCGAGGCCGCUCUGAAGUUCACUAUCGUUCUGUUCACUGGAGGAGACCAGCUGAAAGGCAAACCAGUCGAGGAGUUUCUGACGAAGAGUGUCAAACUCCAAUCUCUUCUUGAUAGUGUGGAUGGAAGAUAUCAUGUCUUCAAUAACAACUUGCCAACAGACACUAACCAGGUGAAGGGACUCAUCAAGAAGAUUGAAGAUGCACUGUUGAAGAACUUGGGUUAUGUGUACACCCAUGAAGAGCAUGAGAAAGUGAAGACAGCUGUAAGACAAGAAGAGGAGAGAAAGAGAGAGAAGGAGAGAGAGACAGAGAAGGAGGGAGAGGAGAGGAAGAGAGAGACGGAGAGAGAGGAGAUGAAGAGAGAGAAUGAGAGAGAGGAGAGGAAGAGAGAGAUGGAGAGAGAGGAGAGGAAGAGAGAGGAGGAGAGAGCGGAGAUGAAGAGAGAGAAGGAGAGAGAGGAGAUGAAGAGAGAGAAGGAGAGAGAGGAGCUGAAGAGAGAGAUGGAGAGAGAGGAGAGGAAGAGAGAGGAGGAGAGAGAGGAGAUGAAGAGAGAGAAGGAGAGAGAGGAAAGGAAGAGAGAGGAGGAGAGAGAGGAGAUGAAGAGAGAGAUGGAGAAUGUGACAAAGGCAGUGGAUGUGACUCUGGAUCCUGACACAGCACAUGCCAAACUCAUCCUGUCUGCUGAUGGGAAACAAGUGAGACUUGGUGACACACGGCAGAAUGUCCCUGACAGUCCCAAGAGGUUCAGUCCAGAUGUGUGCGUCUUGGGAAAACAGGGGUUUUCCUCUGGUAAAUUCUACUAUGAGGUUCAGGUCUCGGGGAAGACCGAGUGGGACUUAGGAGUGGCCAGAGAGUCCAUUACCAGGAAGGGGAAGAUACCUUUGAGCCCUAAGAAUGGAUACUGGGCAAUAUGGCUGCGUAAUGGGAAUGAGUAUAAAGCACUAGAUAAUCCCUCUGUCCUCCUCUCCCUGAAAGUGCAGCCCCAGAGGGUGGGGGUGUUUGUGGAUUAUGAGGAAGGUCUGGUCUCCUUUUAUGAUGCAGACUGUUGGUAUCAUCUCUACUCUUAUACUAAUGUUAAGUUCACUGAGAAACUUUACCCAUUCUUUUCUCCUUGUCUUCAUAAGGGAGGUAAGAACUCUUCUCCUCUUAUCAUCUCCUCCGUUUCAUUCUGCCCUGUUAAAUAACAUGAAUUGAUGAGUGGAUGUUUUAUUAAAGUUCAGUGGUUUAUUAUGUCUGUAUA